GUUCGAAGUCACAUUUGUUCACAGCCUGGAUAACUGCACACCUGACCAGCCCCCGCCAGCCGUGAAUUCGGCUAGCCAGCUGCCAACUCACUCGCCUUACGGCCCGGCCAAUUUUUUGCUAGGACCUCGAAUGCAAAGCUCCAUCAUAGGAGCUUUGGAGCGACAGAUUUUCCCAGCAGAAGACGACGGCGACGACGACAACGUCAAUUGUUUUCUUUCCUUCUUUCAAGCCCCGAAGCACAAAGCAAACCCCGCCUUCUGGAAGUAGAGCCAAACUCCCAAGUCGCGACUACUUGGAAUAAAAGCUCCCAGCGACAAUGGCACCGCGAAUGCCAGCCCGCUGGGCAGCCGCCCUGCCCCAGCAGCUGUUGUCCUCGACGACGACGACGACGACCACUAACAGCCUCCGAGUCCUUAUCACAGAACGCGGCAGCGCCCUGCUCCCCCGAACGGCCAAGCGCGGCGUGCAAUACGGCUGGUCGACGGCGCCGCCCCGAUCCCAACCCACACAGCGAUUCAACCAGGUCUCGUCGGGCCUGCCCGCACCCACCGCCGGACCGGCGGCGGCGCUGAAGCGCAAGGAGGCGACCACUCCCCUGCGGUCGGGCGUCCUCGCCAUCAAGAAGGGCGUGUCGGCCAUGUACGCCGCAGGGCGCCGCACGCCGUGCACGAUCCUGCAGAUGGAGCAGGUCGAGGUGGUCGCCAACAAGACGCGGGCCAAGAACGGCUACUGGGCCGUGCAGCUGGGCACAGGGCUCAAGCGACCGGGCAACGUUACGGCACCCUUGCUGGGAUACUACGAGGCCAAGGGCCUGGCGCCCAAGAGGCACCUGGCCGAGUUCAAGGUCCGCACCGAGGAGGGCCUGCUGCCCGUGGGCGUGCAGCUGCAGCCGGACUGGUUCAAGCUGGGCCAGUUCGUCGACGCGAGGAGUAACUCGAGGGGUAUGGGUUUCGCUGGUGGUAUGAAGAGGCACGGCUUCGCUGGUCAGGGGGCGUCGCACGGUAACUCCAAGAAUCACAGGACGAUUGGUACCACGGGUCCCAGUCAAGGUGGUGGUUCCCGUGUGCACCCGGGCAAGAAGAUGCCGGGACGCAUGGGUGGCGAGCGAGUGACGAUGCAGAACCUCCAGGUGUUGAAGGUUGACAACGAGAUGGGCAUCGUGGUCAUCAAGGGACAUGUGGCCGGCCCCAAGGGAUGUCUGGUCAUGGUCUCGGACGCCAUCAAGAAGGAUCCUCCGGUGAAGACAUUCAUUGAAAAGGCCAGGAGGAUAACGAUGGAGAGAAACCCUGAUGUUGAGCAGAACCUGGAGGCGGCGAGAGUACGACAUUUGGAGUUGAAGGAGAUGCGAAAGGAGGGUACAAUUGGUGGUGCUUUGAUUCAGUAAGGGGCAAAAAUGGUUGUACGAUGAAGAUGACUGCUACAAGAGUUGAGAGCAUU